AUGUCGACUAUCGGAAAUAAACGCAAGGCCAGCCGCGAGCCCGAGGACGAGGAAGUGCCGCGCGCGAAGAGGGCGGCGCUGCCACCUAUCGACGAAGAUGGCUCUGGUCCUCGCGUUGCCCAACCUCAACCUCUACGGCCGAAUCCGUCUGCCAACAACGGUGUCAGGCCUGGUGGUCGUGCACCCUCUGCUCUCGGCAAACCCCGCAGCGUCUCUGGCUCUGGCCCUCCGCGCACCACUCGUGCGACCAGCGCGCCACCAAAGCCUCCUACCCGACCACCGUCCCGCAAUGCACCUUCUACGGCCCGAGUCCCCGUCUCUCGUACGGCCUCUGGCUCGCAACCACGCCCAGUCACGGGUGACCGUCAACUCAAGGACCUUCAGACUCAAGUGCGCUCCAUUGAGUCUGCCCAGGCGGCGAACUCUGCGCGUUUGGCAGCAGACAUGGAUACAGAACGAACCAAAGUGGCACAACUACAGGAGAACCACCAGACUCUCUCGCGCGAGCUCGCUGCCGCGCGUACAUUCGAGCUUUCGCAGCGUCGAGAGCUCGUCAACGCAAAUGAUGAGAUGGACGCGCUCAAGAAACGACACGCUCGAGAGCUCAUGGAGCUCGAAAUGGAUCUCAAGAAGUGCGAACGGGAGAAACGCGAGUUGAACGAGGACAACCGGCUGCUUCGGGAUGAUCUGCAGCGCGAGCGUACCACCGUCAGCUCGCUCAAGGGUACUAUCGCACAACAGGAGACGGCGCAGCUCACACUCAAAGUCCGAAACGAUGCGCUGCAGACCCAAAUUGGCUCUCUCCAGUCUUCAUUCGAUUACUCUGCCGAGACAGUAUCGAAGUUGAAGCUCGAUCUUGAGACCUCUCAGAAGCGCGUGCAAGAGCUUGAAGAGGAAGUCCGCGAGGCGGAGAUGAUACGUCGUAAACUGCACAACACGAUUCAAGAACUCAAGGGCAACAUCCGCGUGUUUGCCCGUGUGCGGCCUGUUCUUCCUUCGGAUUUGAGCGACCUGCGCACUUCAAGCUCGGCUCGCUCCCUCAUCGCUUCGGGUUCCUGGGACGACGUCGAUCUCAAGGCGCAGGCCAUGGCCCAGAUCGCAUUCCCUGAUGCACGGGAUCAUCGCGAGAUUGUGCUUAGCUCUACGAGCGAGAGCGCCACCGGUCAGCAGCGCAACGAGACGUGGAACUUCGCAUUUGACAGGGUAUUUGAACCGCAGAGCACUCAGGAAGACGUAUUCGAGGAGAUAUCUCAGCUCGCGCAGAGCUGUACUGAUGGGUAUAACGUCUGCAUCUUUGCGUACGGUCAGACUGGCUCUGGCAAGUCCUUCACGAUGGAAGGUGGUUCGACCCCGGCAAAUGUCGGUAUGAUCCCUCGCGCUGUUGAGCAAGUCUUCCGCGUGACGCAGGAACUCAAGACGAAGGGCUGGGAAUACACGCACGAGGGCCAGUUCCUCGAAAUCUACAAUGAGACUAUCAACGACCUACUCGGCCAUGCCGACUUCGACAAAAAGAAGCAUGAAGUCAAGCACGACAAAGGACGGACCUACGUUACCGACGUAGUAGUGAAGCCUCUCCGCUCGCCGGCUCAAGUCAAAGCCCUGCUCUCACAGGCGAACUCGCGUCGUUCCGUUGCGGCUACUUUAAUGAACGAACGCUCCUCCCGCUCGCAUUCCGUCUUCACUCUGCGGAUCAAAGGAAAGAACGCACAUACGGGAGAGAGCUGCGAGGGAUGCUUGAACCUUGUCGACCUUGCCGGUUCCGAGAGGCUUGACGCGAGUGGAGCGGGUGCGAACAAGGAAAGACUGAAGGAGACACAGGCGAUCAACAAGAGUUUGAGCGCUCUGGGUGAUGUAAUUGCUGCGCUUGGGGAGAAGAGCGAGAAGGGGGAUAAGCACAUUCCGUAUCGCAACUCGAAGUUGACGUAUCUAUUGCAAAACUCGCUCAGCGGUAACUCGAAGACGCUCAUGGUUCUCAAUUUGUCGCCUCUGGCAGCUCAUCUCAACGAGUCGCUCUGCUCGCUUCGCUUCGCUACCAAGGUUAACAAUACCACUAUUGGUACAGCGAAGAAGCUCAAGAGCGCUUGA